GGCGCCUGUGACAGCGGCACCACUCUGCUUCCGAACCCCGAUCCCGGCGCUGCCCACCUAUUUGGCGCGGGCGCAGCCGCGUCGCCCGGCGGGAUGGGCGGCGAGGCGAGGUCCGCAGAGGCCGUGGGCCCCGAGGGUCGCGUGAAGAGCCUGGGUCUGGUGUUCGAGGACGAGCGCAAGGGCUGCUAUUCGAGCGGAGAGACGGUGGCGGGGCAUGUGUUGCUGGAAGCGGCGGAGCCGCUGGCCCUGCGCGCGGUGCUCUUGGAGGCCCACGGUCGCGCCACUGCCUCCUGGGGCCCCGGCGCCGGCUCCGCGGCCCCGGCCUCCGCCUCGGAGGUGGAAUACCUGAAUGUGCGCCUGAACCUGCGCGAGGCCCCGGCCGGGGAAGGCGUCCUCUCGUUACCGCCCGGAAAGCACGAAUUCCCGUUCAGCUUUCGACUUCCGUCCGACCCCUUAGCCACCUCGUUCGCCGGGAAGCACGGGAGCAUUCGCUACUGUGUGAGGGCCGUCGUGGAGCGGCCCGGGCGGCCCGAGCAGAGCGUCCAGCGGGAACUGCAGGUUGUCAGUCACAUAGACGUCAACACGCCAGCACUGUUAACCCCUGUAUUGAAGACCCACGAGAAGAUGGUUGGCUGUUGGUUCUUCACCUCCGGCCCAGUCUCGCUGAGUGCCAAAAUUGAGAGAAAGGGCUAUUGUAACGGAGAAGCUAUUCCAAUUUACGCAGAAAUAGAGAAUUGUUCCUCCCGGCUGGUUGUCCCCAAAGCUGCUAUUUUCCAAACCCAGACGUAUUUGGCCAGUGGGAAGACGAAGACCGUCCGGCACGUGGUCGCCAACGUGCGAGGGAACCACAUCGCGUCGGGGAGCACCGACACGUGGAACGGGAAGAUGCUGAAGAUCCCCCCCGUCCCUCCGUCCAUCCUGGACUGCUGCAUCAUCCGAGUAGACUAUUCCUUAGCUGUGUAUAUUCAUAUUCCUGGUGCUAAGAAACUGAUGCUGGAGCUGCCCUUGGUGAUCGGCACAGUCCCGUACCACGGCUUCGCCAGCAGGAACUGCAGCGUGGCCAGCCAGUUCAGCGCGCACGGGAGCUGGUGGGCCCUGGCACUGCCCGAGCGGCCUGAAGCACCCCCGGACUACACGGACGUCGUGUCGGAGGAGGAGCUCUCCGGGCGCGGUGACCCUGGCGCCGCGCCGCCCAGAUGGGGGGCAGAGGCGCUGUGCCCCCCGUUCGCCUGCAUUCCGGACUUCCGCUUCCAGCCUCCGCCUCUUUACUCAGAGGUCGAUCCGCAUCCUAGUAACGCAGAGGAGGCCCAGCCCGUUUCCUUCAUCCUGUGACCGUUCCCAGAAAUCACUGUGAUCGCCCCCAAGGGGGAACAUCGGCCCUUUCCCCGCCUCUUGGGCUGGAGGGCGGGAAGAUUCGCUUAAGAACGAAAAUGAAUGUCGGCACCAAGACAUUAAAAGAGCAUGUGAACCGUCCAGCAGGCCGACAGGAUCAUUGUCCGAGGUUAUAGUGGGGCCAUGUGUCCCCCGGAAGAACAGAAGCCCCUGGAAGCUGCAGAGAGCAGGGCAAGAACUCGGUGUGACCGGAAGAACCGCUGUCUGCGUGAGGGUUCCCGGAGUGGAGCGGAGGGAUGGGGCCCUGGGGGGCCUGAUGGUGAGGCCGGGACGUGGAGGGCAGGAAGUGGUUGCCCCCGAGGCCCCACCGAGGUCCCCCACCCGCAGCCUGCGGGGGGCCCGCUCCUGAGGCUGCGGUCGCCGGAGGUCCUAAUGAAGUGGCUCAGCUUCCGCUUUUUCUGGGCCCAUUGGAAACGUUCCUAUAAAUGGGCAGUAGAGUGUUACGAACCCAGGAAAGGGUCCCUUGAAAGGCUUGUAAGCGCCAAGGGGAAAGAUGAACCACAGCGUGGGAACACUGUUCGUCCAAGGGUGUGAUUUUUACCCCCUUUGAGUACUUGAACAGGAUCCAUGUCUGCGUUUCCUCACGCCUCCUUGACCUGAGAUCAUGCUGGACAGAGAAGCGGGGAAAGGCUGCGUCCUUAGGAUGCCGUGGUAACCACGCGCGCGAGAGAGAGACAGAAAGGGCUUCUUCCUAACCUACCUCCAGCAGGCGAUCAGAUUGGCUUUAAAGCUCGGCCUGAUGAGUACGUGGAGGGCCUGCCGCCUGGCGGUGCCCCCUGAGCUCACCGCUCACCGCGCGGGAGGCCGAGCCCAGGGCAGCCCCCGUGUGGCUGGCGCUGGAUGGAAGUUCAGGUAGCUGUACCAAAGGGUAUUUCACAAUAAAUGCAAGAUCGAAAGAGGGUGGAAAUGCCAUUUUAUAAAAAGGCACGAAUUAGAUUCCUGCCCGGGGACGGGCGUCUCCUGAGAGCAGUCACUGCCUGCUACCUUGUCAGCCCAAUUCUUUACUAAUUCUCUUGAAACUGUGAUUUUGUUCAUUGUUCCGGUGCAAUAUUUGAUCAGCGCUUCACCUCAGGCUAUGGAGACCCACAGGAGCACGUGGCCGCUGCAAAUCUGAGGAGCGUUCUUCCUGUUGCCCUCCACCCUCUUGGCCACGGUCGCCUUGCCCUCUGCUCUGCUGGCUUGUGAGCUGGGGAGGCAGCGAUCCCUGCAUGGGGACCGGGGACCCAGGACCCGCUGAGGGCUCCCCGCUCCCAAGGGUUUGAUGGGGGGCCCUGCUGCUUCCUGUGCAGAGCGCGCUGCUUCACUCACCAGAACGGUGAGUUCAGUGAGGAACAGGAGGGUUCUCUUGACGUUAAACGUUGCAUUUAAAAGCUAGCUGGCCAUUGGCAGGGAUUUCUCUUCACGUGCGCGGUGAGUGGGUGCGUGUCAG